AGUUUGAUAUUAUUUAUUUUGUCAACCGACGAUGAUCGAUUUCUGUCGAGUUUUUAGUGAUUUCGAAAUCGCAAAGUUCUCGAGAGUAACAAUUAAAAUGUUCAUCGGGCUUAUCAUGUUCGUUGGAUUUGUCGUGCAAUGCGGAAAAAAGAAGAAGGAGAAAAAUACGAGCUCAAAAGGACAACUUCUCGAACAAUCGACGAUGGUACAACCGACGGCGGGAGCGGUGGCGGGAAAGGCGGCGGUAAAUCGCCAAAAUCCACAAAUGUCAGAAAUGCAGAAAUCUGGAAUUGGCAAUGGAGCUGAACAGGUUGAAGGAAAGCCAAAAACGCCUGGAAACGGGAAAAACGGCAAAGCGAAUUCGAAGAAACAGUCGAAAAAGACAAAAUCGGAGAAAUCACAGUCGAGCAAUAAGGAAGGUGCUCCUUUGAAACCGAUGGAUCCGACACCCAGCGAUCCAAAUGACGAUCCACUGCAAGCACAGCUCAUUGUAUUGAAGGCUGAAGAGUGCAAUAAAAUGGAUGUUACGAUUGAAGAUUUCGGAAAUCCUGCAAUUCACGACCGUGUUUCUCGAGCAGCCGCCACCGAUAUGAUUUUCGAUCCGAAAGGGAUUAAGUAUAAGGGAAACGUGGAUGAUGGAAAGGACAAGAAGGUUAUGGAAGAUGUGGAAAAGGACAUUCUGGCAGCUUGCGAAAAGCAUGACGCUAAGUUCAGUCGAAACGGGAAAGUCGUGAAAACGGUUGAAUCGGAAAAAUCGAAGGUGGCGCCGGCAGAUCAGCGUGUUAAAAUGAAGCCGGAAGGUUGUGUUCUAUUCGAGACAAGAGAGCUGCUGUCGGAGUUGUUUGGAGAGGAUUGAGAAGGCUAGAUUGAACUUUAUUUAGAAUUUUUUGAAUAAAAAAUGUUUAGUUCGA